CACAAUAAACCGGCUCACAGUCGGCAGACCAUCCUGCGUGCAUGAGGACACAGAUCUGGCUUGCAGAAUAUGGCGACAGAAUGAAAGAUUUUGUGGUUUUGUUUGUGAUUUAGAUUCAUUCCUGCACACGUGAACGCUGCUGCUGUUGGACUCAUCUUCUUGCUGUGGCGGUGAAAGAUUGUACAGCCUUAAUUUAAAGGGAGCACCAGCGGCUCCAGACCCGCCCAGCUCAUUCAGUUUGGACGCAUUUAGCACCAACUGCGUCCAAGAUGACGACCAACAGCAGGUACAAGAGUCGCGCGCCCCGGUCAGAUGAUGGAGAGGAAAAAGACUAUGUUGGAUUCGCGACGCUGCCCAACCAGGUGCACAGGAAGUCCGUGAAAAAAGGAUUUGACUUCACCCUCAUGGUGGCAGGCGAGUCUGGUCUGGGUAAAUCCACUCUGGUGAACAGCCUGUUCCUCACUGACCUGCAUAAAGACAGGAAACUGCUCAAUGCAGAGGAGCGAAUCAGUCAGACGGUGGAGAUCACAAAGCACACGGUGGACAUCGAGGAGAAGGGGGUGAAGCUGAAACUGACCAUCGUGGACACCCCGGGUUUUGGAGACGCAGUCAACAACACUGAGUGCUGGAGGGCAGUCACAGACUACAUCGAUCAGCAGUUUGAACACUACUUCAGAGACGAGAGCGGACUCAACAGGAAGAACAUCCAGGACAACAGAGUGCACUGCUGCCUCUACUUCAUUCCUCCGUUUGGACACGGGCUUCGUCCUGUUGAUAUGGAGUUCAUGAAGGCCCUGCAGGAUAAAGUUAAUGUCGUUCCUCUCAUCGCUAAGGCCGACUGCCUCACUCCCAGCGAGAUAAAAAAACUCAAAGAGAGGCUGAGGGAGGAGAUAGAGAAGCAAGGGAUAAAGAUCUAUCAGUUCCCCGACUGCGACUCUGAUGAGGACGAGGAGUUCAAGCGGCAAGAUAAAGAGCUGAAGGACAGCACUCCGUUCGCAGUGAUCGGCAGCAACACGGUGGUCGAGGCCAGAGGUCAGAGAGUGAGAGGGAGGCUCUACCCAUGGGGCAUUGUGGAGGUGGAGAACCCGUCCCACUGCGACUUUGUGAAGCUGCGGACGAUGCUGAUAAGAACCCACAUGAACGACCUCAAGGACAUCACCAGCGACUGUCACUACGAGAACUACAGAGCGCAGUGCAUCCAGACCAUGACCAGUAAGAUGAACGCAGAUAAGCGGGUGGAGAGCCCCAUCCCGAUCCUGCCGCUGUCCACGCCGGAUGGGGAGACAGAGAAACUCAUCAAAAUGAAAGACGACGAAUUGAGGAGGAUGCAGCAGAUGCUUCAGAAGAUGCAGCAGCAGAUGCACGAGCAGGACCUGUGACCGCUGAUGUUAACACCUGUGACCUUCAUACCUUUUUAUUUAGGAGACAAAACACAUUGCAUGGACUGAAAGCUUCAUCAAAGGGUCAUCUCUUCAGGGGAUGAGAGGAAGAAAUCUUUACAUGAUUACAGUCAAUACUUCACCCGAUUCUCAAAUCACACAAAGAAACCGGAGAGGAAUGACGGCAUGCUGCGAGAUGUGUUUCGCCCUUAUCUAAACUUUGCUUUUUUAAUGCAGUCAUUAGCCAAGUCAGUGUAGUUAGGCAAUAGAGAGUAGAUUGCACUUUCUCACCUUAGAUGAUUUCCAAGUAUGUUUUCUACUUGAAAUUCUAAAUGAAACCAAUGCACCACACCCUGAAGUCAUUUAGUUUAUGCACUGAUUGUGUGGAGUGAUGUCUAAAAAGAAAGUCGCUGAUGGUGUGCAUCUUUGUUUUCAGUGACAUACUGUACGCACGUUCUGUAUAGGAAGAAAUCUGGUCAUAAUAAUAAUAACUUCAUUAAAUAGCACUGCUCAUAUAUCAAUUACAAGACGCUUCGCAAAAGACGUCAAAACAACAGGUGAUGUGCAAUGAAUUAAAAAUUAUUAGGAUUAAUAUGAGGAGUAUUUAAAUCAAGGUCACCCGGACUUGGUUGAAGAUACUUGAAGACGUUUUGUGUCUCAUCCGAGAAGCUUCUUCACUUCUGACUGCCCGGCUGUUUAACCUCUGCGGGGUCGUUGUCAGGGUGAUCGAUGCCUCUUGGUUUGUUAGUGCUCCUGGCCGUUGUGACGGCUGUCGUUAUGGAAAAUGACGUUAAAGCACAGAAUAAGUUGUAGUGUCACAUCCAGAGUCUUAGUGGUGUAUCGCUGCUGUUUGACACAGCUGGGUUGCAAUGGCGCAUACUACGUACUAAUUCGUUGCUGCGGGCUGCUGGUAUAAGUCGCUGUCGCCAUCUGUCACCGGCAGGUACUGGUUAAACUGGUAGCUAAUGCGGUAAAAUUAUACUGAGCUGUUACUGAUGUGAUGAAUGCUUUACUGGAAGGACAGCUAAGCUAACGAAACUGCUAUGGCAAACAGUGAAGCGUAGCUUUGGGCAAUGUUCGAGCAUUAAAGGGGAAGCCCAGCGAUUCGACACGUCAAAGAGUGUUUUCAGAUGUUUAGAGCUGUGGGGGCUGAAGAUCUACAAGUUUGACAACUGAGCUUACUUCAAACUGUGGAUGAACUGCAGGCUGAGGAGAGGGAAUCAGCAGGUUUAUACAUUUUAUAGUGCGAGCAGAUGCACAACACGCUGGUGACGCUUCCUGUUCAGCUCGCUCUCAUUGGCUGUUGCAAGUUUCUGAUCAAAGGCUCCCCGAUGUGAAAUUGUAAAUAUCAAACAUGUUCGAUAUCGGAGGAGCCUCUGAUCCCGUCGGCAACCUUCAGAUUAUGUCCGUAAACCCUUUCACACUGCAGGCCGAUAACCUGUUUGUAACCUGAGAGAGUGACUUAGACCCAAAGUCAGCCCAGUGAUCCUCUACUGUGCAGCCAGCGUUGGAGGCUCCAGCCUACAUUUGCUGCUACUAGGAUAAAUGUGUGUUACUCGUGCAAAUACGGCCGUUGGAGUGUUUCUCAACCUGAGAAUAUUUCCCCCUAAUAGCCAAUGGGAGAAUCAGGAAAGGCAGCUAACGCUAAUGCUAACUUGGUUCAUACUGAAGUACAACCGAGAGCUGGAAUCAAGUAACAGAUACUUCUUGUCAGAACUUACCGUCCUGUGCGGUUGUCUCUGUACAUUAAAGACAUUGAACCUUAGAGCUCCGGGUGCCCGCAGACGUCGACAGUCAGUUUAUCCUCCCUUUCUGAUUUUCUGUGAGGCCUCUGAUUGGCUUUCGCAACACAGCGUCACAUUUAAUUUCACAUGAAUUUCUCACUCGUGUGGAAAAACAUCUUCAACUUGCUGUCUUUGCACGGACUUUGUAUGUAAUUGCUCUCUGGUCUCUGAACACAGAUUUAGCACACCCAAAUCUCAAGCCAGUUGAGUUGCAUUGUGGGUAAUAUAGCUGCCAGGUUUUGACAAGGAAGAAUUUGCAGAAUAAAAAUGAAGACAUUUCUGGUUCUGCUGCAUCGAUUAGGAUCUUUUGUUAUAUAUAUAUAUAUAUAUAUAUAUAUUUAUUAGGGCUGGGCACGUUACGCUGACAAUUAUUUUAUCGC